AUUAUUUUGUUGAAUAGAUUUGAUAACUGGGAAGAGUUUGAGCAUAUGCAUGACAAUGCAGCUAGCAAAGGUUAUACGAAACUUCAUAGACAACUCGAACCAUAUAUUUUACGCCGUGUUAAAAAAGAUGUAGAAAAGUCAUUACCAGCCAAAGUUGAACAAAUUUUAAGGGUAGAAAUGACUCCUGUACAAAGAAAAUAUUACAAAUGGAUAUUGACUAAAAAUUAUAAUGCUUUAAGAAAAGGGUCUAAGGGAUCAUCAACAACGUUUUUAAAUAUAAUGAUAGAAUUAAAAAAGUGCUGUAAUCAUGCUCUGUUAACUAAACCCCAAGAAAAUGAAAACACAGCUGAUGACAAUCUUCAGAGUUUAUUACGAGGUUCUGGAAAACUUAAGAUACUUGAUAAGUUAUUAGUACGUCUGAGAGAAACUGGCCACCGAGUAUUGAUCUUCUCUCAGAUGGUUCGUAUGUUAGAUAUUCUUGCUGAAUAUCUAAGUUAUCGACAUUUACCAUUUCAAAGACUUGAUGGUAGCAUUAAAGGUGAUAUAAGAAGACAAGCUUUAGAACAUUUUAAUGCUGAGGGAUCUCAAGAUUUUUGUUUUCUACUAUCAACUCGGGCUGGUGGACUCGGUAUUAAUUUAGCCACAGCAGAUACAGUUAUUAUAUUUGAUUCGGACUGGAAUCCUCAAAAUGAUUUACAAGCCCAGGCACGUGCUCACAGGAUUGGACAGAAGAAUCAAGUAAAUAUUUAUCGACUGGUUACGAAAGGUUCAGUUGAGGAAGACAUUGUAGAAAGAGCAAAGCAGAAAAUGGUUCUGGAUCAUUUGGUAAUUCAACGAAUGGAUACUACUGGUCGUACUGUUUUAGACAAAAAAGCAAAAAAUGCAUCAAUUCCCUUUAACAAAGACGAGCUUACUGCUAUAUUAAAAUUUGGUGCUAAAGAACUAUUUAAAGAUGAUCCUGGAGCUGACGAAGAACCUAUUUGUGAUAUUGAUGACAUUUUGAGAAGAGCUGAAACACGAGAUGAAGCUCCAACAACCGUGGGUGAUGAACUUUUAUCUGCUUUUAAAGUGGCUAGUUUUACUUUUGAUGAAGAAAAAGAUAUUGCUGAUAAGUCACCUAGUGCUCAAAAUGAACAAGAAAAUAAAGAAUGGGAAGAAAUAAUACCUGAAACAUUAAGAAAAAAAGUUGAGGAUGAAGAGAAGGCAAAAGAAAUGGAAGAUCUUUAUUUACCUCCUAGAAGUAGAAAAACAUUACAAAAAGUGAAUCAAGGAGAAGAAAAGAGUGAAAAGUCUAAAAAAGAUGAGUCUGAUGAUUCUAGCUAUGAUGGCAGUGAUGAAGAUAGGCCAAGAAAACGUGGAAGACCAAGUGCUGGAACCAAAGAAGUAGUUAAAGGUUUCACCGAUGCAGAAAUUCGAACAUUUAUUAAAAGUUGUAAACGUUUUCCUAACCCUAUGAAACGUAUUGAUGCUGUAGCUGGUGAUGCAGAUCUUCAAGAGAAACCUAAAUCAGAAUUAAAAAAAUUAGUUCAAAUGUUAUAUGACCGUUGUAAUGAAGCAUGUAAUAGUGAGCACACAGAAAAAGAAUCUGAUGCUACAAAUGAAGAUGUUAAAAAAAGAAAUAUUGGACCAUCAAUAAAAAUUGGUGGUGUAGCAGUGAAUGCUAAAAGUGUAUUAGCUUGUAGCGAAGAAUUAGAUGUCUUGGAUGAUAUAAUACCAUCAGAUGAAGAGGAAAGAUCGAAGUUCACUUUAGAUUUGAAACGUGUCAAAUCAGCUAAUUUUGAUUUUGAUUGGGAUAUAACUGAUGAUUCUAAACUAUUAAUAGGAAUUUAUCUUUAUGGAUUAGGUUCAUGGGAAGCAAUCAAAAUCGAUACUGCAUUAGGCCUCAGUGACAAAAUAUUAUCCAAUGAAGAUAAAAAACCGCAAGCUAAACACUUAUUAGCUCGUUCUGAAUAUCUACUGAAGAUGUUGAAAAAAAAUCAAGUAGUAGUUAAAGGUGAUCCAAAACCUAAGAAGGCGCGUAAGAUAAAAGAAGGAAAAUCAAGAGAAAUAAUUGAUGAUGAUAGUACUGACAAUGAAAACGGGAACAAAAGAAAAUUUGAUAGUAUAUCUAAUCAUGAAGAAAAAUUAAAAACCAAAAAAGAUUUGAUCAAUGCCAAAUCUGGAUUGACUAGUUCUCCGAAAAAACGUAAAGUUGUCGCCAAAACGGGUCCAAUGCAUUUUACUGCUAAUAGUGAACCUAAGGCUGUAAAUGUGGAUGAUAUUGUUGAGUUGCCAAAAGAAAAAUUUUUAGAGUGUAAAGAAAAAAUGAGGCCGGUGAAGAAAGUAUUAAAAGCUUUAGAUGAUCCUGAAGAAAAGAAAAACGAAUUACGUUAUGUAAAUCAUAUGCAAGAAUGUUUAAUAGAAAUUGGAUCACACAUUGGUAAAUGCUUAGAAGAAUUUAAGGACCCGAAUAAAAUAAGAGAAUGGAGAAGCAAUUUGUGGUUUUUCGUCUCAAAGUUUACUGAAUUUGAUUCUAAAAAACUGCUAAAAAUUUAUCGCCGAGGAUUACAUACCACAGAAAAGCUUGAGAAAGAUAACAAAGUAAAAGAUAGAAAUAAAAACAAAGAUAAAAUCAGAGAUAAAUCUAAAGAAGAUAAAAAACUCCUGAAAAAUCAGAUGGAAUCGGAAGAUUCAUUAAAACGAAAACGUGAUAAUGAUGAUAAAGAAAAACAAAACAAAAAAAAGAUAAAUUCAGGUGUUUUGUUAACCACUCCAACUACUGUUCUAACUACACCUCCGAGUUCUAGUAAUUCCUCCAAUGCUACAAGGUCAUAUGAUCAAAGCAGAAAUAGGUAUGAUACAAAUUAUAAUCAUCAUAGAAAUAGGAGCACACCAUAUUCUAGGAGUGAUAAUCGAAGUGAUACACGGAAUGAUAAUCGAAGCGAUACUCGAAGUGAUAUUAGAAGCGACACUCGAAGUGAUAAUAGAAGGUUUUCAUCUAGUCGUGACUCGAACACCAGACGUGAAAGGUAUGACAAUAGUUACCGUAGUCGUCCUGCAUUCAGGGAAAGAGAAAGGGAGAUAGAUUCUGACAUGCGAAUGUAUGAUAAAAUUAGAUAUCAACAACAAGCCUAUGCUGCAUACGGACAAGCUGCUGCAGCUGGUUUCUAUGGUCCUGAAUUGUAUAGUCGCUCAGGUUCUGCAUCAUACAUGAGCUUACCUNUGUGA